CAAUCAUGAUUAGAAUUGAUGAUCGGACGUUCUGAUUUCAUUGUCUAGCAAAGGGGACUGGUGAAGAAAUCUGCUGAAUUUGAACGUUCGUCUGAUUUUGACAUCAAAAAUGCUACAUAACCUGUCAGCGUGCCAUGGGGACUGAGACAGGAUGAGUGCAAACAAAACUGUGCUUACCUAGAAGUAUGGAGGUUUUGCUGUGAUCUGCAUGGCUGCCCCGUUCCCAUCCAGCAACAGAAUGGAUGCAUGGCCACAGAGGCGUGGCCUGCAGACUAUGAACCUGCGGUCAGUUUUUACAGCUGAACAGCAGAGGAUCCUGGAACGUUACUAUGAGAAUGGGAUGACCAAUCAGAGCAAGGCUUGCUUCCAGCUAAUACUGCAGUGUGCUCAGGAGGCCAAACUGGACUUCAGUGUGGUCCGGACAUGGGUUGGCAACAAAAGACGUAAGAUCGCCUCCAAGGUAGAUCAGAAUGGAGGCAUGUCUCAUUCCUUAUCCAGUCAUGGCCUUGCUGGAGGACUACUCUCCAAUCACACGUUAGCUGGAGGGGCAUUGUCCAAUCAUGGUCUGGCGGCAGGAGUUCUGCUUCCUACCGAUGUGGCUGCAGCACGGAACAUCCAGAACCGUGUCCACCUUCUCCCUCCGUCUUCGUCCUUCCCGUCUUUAUCCUCAACUUCUUCUUCUCCUUCCUCAUCAUCCUCACUCAGCAGUGGCAGCAGUAACAAUAACAACAACAAUAAUGAUGUCAUACUAACCGGGAUCUACUCUCUCAACUCCGUCCCUCGCCCCAGACCGAGAACCACAGCCCCCCCAUCACAGUCAGACUCUGAGCUUUCCGGACACACGUCUUCGUCUCUGAUUAACCAGGCCUUGCAAAGUAAGAACAGCUCCAGCUCCUCACCUCUUCAGUCCAAACUGGUGUCGCUCUCUCAGAAUCUGCCGAGUCUCACAUCUGCCUCAGGGCCUGUAGUCUACACUGCAGUCAGGAAGGGAGGUUUAUCCCUUGGGGAGGCAGGGGUAAGUGCAGGAGCAGGGAUCGUACCUCACAGCUGGACUAGGCAGUACGGUACAGCGCAGACUCACCCUUGGUCUUCCUCCUCGUCUUCAUCCUCCCAGUCGCAGGCUCAGCUUCAGCCCAGACCUCACUCCAACCCCCAACCUCAACCAGCUGCUCCUCAGAAGCCUCGGGUCUCCCUUCCACCCCAAGCCUCCGGUCCUUCCUCUGAUCACACGCCUCGUAUCCAGCAGGUCUUCACCUUGUCUGAAAGAAGCGAGGGUGACAGAUUUCGGCCUGGUCCAGCAACUGCUCAAAGAAGUCAGGAAAGUCAAAGGCCGGUGCUCCAACCUCUGGAUGCCAGUCAUAAUUUCUCCAUUGCCAUGGAAACUGGGAAUGAAGAAGAUGAAUGGCAGAGGGAAGAGGAAUUGGCAAACAUGGCUGCUCAGACACAUAUCCACAGAGAGCAGAUACCAACCAGCCCAAGCAGGGCUGAGUUUUCUGGGGUGAGAGGAAGCCACACACCCCCUAUGACUAACUCCAGACCCACAAUGCUUCACAGUAACUCUACUCUUCAGGGCAGCUAUUCCCUCACAGCACAGACCUCACUCACAGCGGAAUCCAGCUCACAGACUUCAGUCAGUGUGUCUGCUGCCCCCUGGGUUAUCAGCAACUCCAGAAAGAGAACACUGCAGGAUCGGACCCAGUUCAGUGAUGGGGAUCUCAUCCAACUGAAGCGCUACUGGGACCGAGGCAUGACGAGCUUGGGCUCAGUCUGCAAGGAAAAGAUCACUGCUGCAGCAAACCAGCUCAAUGUGGACACUGAAAUAGUCAAGGAAGAAAAUCAGCCUGUAAACUCAAAUCAGACAUGGAUCAGUAAUAGACGGAGGAAGUACCGUCUUAUGGGUAUUGAAAUCCCUCCACCUAAAGGGGGACCUGCUGUAUUCGCAACCUCAUCCCCAGGAAAUGUGUCUCCGGUGGCCUUUAGCCCAGACGAGGAGCGGCUCAGAACACCAGAACCCGGAGAUGACUUGAACGACGGGGGGUCUCUCUGCCUGUCUGAAGAUGGCACCAUUGACUCACAAAACAGAGAAGGGGAGGAUGAAGCGGAUGUGUCGGCUGCUGCGCUGGCUAAUAAUGUGAAGAUCGAAGUAAUUGAUGAGGACGAGGAAGACGAUGACGAUGGUGAAAUGGUGGCGUCAGACCUAGAACAAAUGCAUAGCCUGCUGGAAUUCAAGCAUGAAGAAGUGCAGUUCCUAGAGACGGAGCUAGAGAACCAAAAACAGAAAUACCAGGAGCUCGCCAGCUUCACAAAGAACCUGCUCAUAGCUCUGAGGAAUAAUGACCUGGGGAAACAGCAGGAACUCAUGGCCAGUCUACCUCAGCCUUCAGACCAGGACUGGGACAUGACCGUGGACAGAGGAGCCCAGCCCGCUGCCACGUCAGCAGACGCAUCUUCCAACCACAGCAGAUCCCCGACGGACGAGCUCCCGGCGGCCCCAGAAGACGACGACCAAGUCCCACUGGUCACCACAAACAAAGACGGUUCAACAACUGAAGUUACUGAACCCUCUGCAUCAGAGGAGGAACUGCAAGAAGCAGACGCAGAUCAAAACUGACUCAUGUUCAUCUGCUCACACACUCACUCAUAAGGAUGUCCUCACACUCCGCACAGAAACCGGUGAAAAGAACCCACAUGUACACAAACACAGAUUAACUCAUUCUCCACGCCCAGUGCCUGUGGAUUAAUGCUUCACGAUGACUGUUGGGCUGUCAAUGCCUUUUUUACUGCAUAUCAUUCGCCUUGCUCUGGUUCAGUCCAGGGAGAACAAUAAACGACCUCUAAGUUAC